UCUUGGAAUUCCUCUGUGUUAGCCAGCUGAAGGUUCAUGUACCCAUCCGUACUGACAAGGAAUCCUUUGUACUCGAGCCCCCAUUUUAGUCUUACAAAUACCGGCUUCCCGGUAAGCUCCUGCAUGAAAGGCUUGGGGUUAACAGGGUUGACCGACGACAUCUUGAUUCGCCUUUGUUCGUGUUCGUGCCGUUAACUUGUACAAAAUAUGUCAGACCGUGAAGGACACUCGGGAGCUGGACCGUCGGAUGAAGAUCUGUCGCUGCCGAAGGCAACGGUUGCAAAGAUGAUUAGUGAACUACUACCAGCUGAGGUCACAUGUGCAAAGGAGACGCGAGAUCUAGUCAUAGAGUGUUGUGUAGAAUUUAUUCACUUGAUCUCAUCGGAGGCCAACGAGAUAUGUGAGCAAGAAUCCAAGAAGACAAUAGCACCAGAGCACAUCAUCGCGGCACUGAAGCGGCUAGGCUUCGAUUCCUUUACAACUGAAGUUGAAGAUGUCUUGAAAGAUCACAAACAGCAACAAAAGGACCGAGAGAAGAAAGCAGACAAGAUAAAAGAUUCGGGUAUGACGCCAGAAGAACUUAUGGCAAAGCAAGAAGAACUUUUCGCUGCAAGUCGUGCAAAAUUUGCUCAACCGCAGGGGCAGCAACAGCCAUCGGCCGAAACUUAAGUGGUGACGCCGAUAGCGAACACUCAUGG